AUGGAGGCCCUAUUUUUCAACGCAGAAGAUGGGUAUCUAGAAGGUGUCAUACGUGGUUUCCGUGCUGGAAUCCUAUCUAGUUCCAAUUAUUCAAACUUGAUUCAAUGCGAGACACUCGAAGACUUGAAAUUACAAUUGGCAUCAACAGAUUAUGGCAAUUUCCUCCAAAACGAAGCAUCUCCACUAGCAACCACCACUAUAUCCGACAAGUGUAGAGAGAAACUCGUUGCUGAAUUCGAAUAUCUGAGGGUGAAUGCUGUACCUCCGUUAUCUACCUUCUUGGACUUUAUCACAUAUGGAUAUAUGAUUGACAAUGUCAUCCUCCUGAUUACCGGCACUCUACACGAACGAGACACUCAUGAAUUACUAGAAAGGUGUCAUCCAUUAGGAAUGUUUGAUUCAAUCGCUGCAUUAUGUGUCGCUACUAAUGUGGCUGAAUUAUUCAAUACUGUGCUUGUUGAGACUCCUCUUGCGCCCUAUUUCGAAAAAUGCCUCUCAGCACAAGACUUGGAUGAAAUGAAUAUCGAGAUUAUAAGGAAUACACUAUACAAGGCCUACUUGGAAGAUUUCCAUGCUUAUUGUGAAAAGCUGGGUGGUGCAACAAAGGAAGUUAUGGGAGAGAUUCUCGCUUUUGAAUCAGAUCGACGAGUCAUCAACAUCACAAUCAAUUCAUUCAACACCGAAUUGAGUAAAGAUGAUCGUGCGAAAUUGUUGCCCAUCAGUGGUAAAUUGUAUCCUGAUGGACUAGCUAAAUUGGCUAGAGCAGAUGAUGUUGAUCAAGUGAGAUUGGCGCUUGACAAUUAUCCUGAAUACCGCGACUUUUUCAACAUUCCGACAGGCUCAGACCGCUCCCUCGAAGAUCGUUUCUUUGAACAUGAAGUAUUCCUGAACAAGGUGUCCUUCCAUCGACAAUUUCAUUAUGGAGUGUUUUACUCGUAUCUGAAACUCAAGGAACAGGAAAUCAGGAAUAUAGUAUGGAUUGCAGAAUGUAUUGCUCAGCAGCAAAAGGAUCGUAUUUCGAAUUAUAUACCUAUCUUUUGA